UAAUGUAGUUUGUCUGUUCGUGAGAGUCGAUUAACCACUCUGCCGCAGCUGCUGUUAGCUGUAUUGCUGGUAAUCGAAGUAGUCAUCAUCGCGUCGUCGUUGUUUUUGGUUGGCUUCGGCGUGUUCAUCGUCGAAGCAUCUACAGGAGAAGAAAAGAAAGAGAAGAAUAUUGUAGAAAGAAGUGUGAAUUCCCCGUGACUACUAAGAUAUUUCCGCCGCACACAUUGUUUGCUUCUAUCGCGGGCUUUCAGUUGCGACGAGCAUUUUCCGUUCAGGGUGCCAUUGCCAUAAAACUUAGUGAGUGCUUUAGAGUACGAAGCUGUAACGAAAAGGAACAAUUUAUCGCGAUAGGCCAGAAAAUUGUAAAACGCCUAUGUGUGCGAUGCUUUUUCCUGAAAUCGUGUGCCUGCAUGCUUGCUUUAUAACUGAAGAGUAGCACAUACUAGAGAGGAUGAUUUGGUGCGCUUAAGUGGGUCGCCAUUUUCUUCAAGUUUUCCAUUCAUCGUGGUGGAUGGAAAAUAGCAAUUCCUUUGUGAACCUGGAAAACAAAAACCAACAAAUAUAAACAGCAACAACACAAUGGAUGAUGAUCAGCAGUUCUGUCUUCGAUGGAACAAUCACCAGAGCACACUCAUCUCCGUGUUCGACACACUGUUGGAGAAUGGAACACUGGUUGAUUGCACCUUGGCGGCUGAAGGGAAAUUCUUGAAGGCCCACAAAGUUGUUCUCUCAGCAUGUAGUCCGUACUUUGCGGCACUACUCUCACAACAAUACGAUAAGCACCCCAUCUUCAUACUCAAAGAUGUAAAAUUUCAAGAGCUCCGCGCCAUGAUGGACUACAUGUACCGUGGCGAAGUCAAUAUCUCACAAGAUCAGCUGGCUGCACUUUUGAAAGCGGCCGAGUCCCUGCAGAUCAAAGGUCUGUCUGACAAUCGGGGUUCGUCCUCUAACACACCAUCACAGCAGAAGCAGCAGCAGAGUGAAGCCUCAGCUAUUAAAACGCUACCGCCACCCGUACCUGUAAAUAAGGCUUCAGGUUUAACUAUCGAAAAUAAAAGGCCUUUGAAACCAGAAUUACUCGAUUCAGACGUGUCUGGAUCGCGAGAAGGCUCUACUAGUCCCACAUCCCGAAAGCGUAAAAAAAUUCGGCGAAGAAGUGUUGAUACCAACAAUCUAAUAGAUAAUCAUGACCAGCAUUCAAAUUCCUCAUCACAUUCAAUGCACACCUCCUUGCAACCACAAGCGUUGGCUCUGACGGCAUCGUCAACUGUGGCCAGUGUUCCCGCAACCAACAACGCUGCUACCUCCCUGUCAUCAUCAGUUACGACACCCUCAAUCAGUGCGAAUGUGUUGACCACGUCCGCUGCGGCGACAGCAGCUGCUCUAAAAAAGACUGACUCCGUUCAACAGCAGCAAGUUGCCGAAGCUUUAAAGCUACAGCUUGUGAAACAUAAUCAAAGUCAGCAGCAGCAACAAGCGCAACAGCAACAACAAACACAACAACAGACACAUCACACGGACGAUGAUGAACGUAGCGGAACGGAACAAGAUGAUGGUCAUGGUGAGGAAGACUCGGAUGAUAUGGAUGAACCGCAAUCUAAGCGUCUACCACAUGGGACUGCGGGAACAGUAGAAGGUCCAGAUGGUAAAGUAAUCAAUAAAUCUGAGUUAAUGAUCGAACCAAAAAACGAAUACGAUGACGGUCAAGACGAAAACGUGGAAGAUUUAACGCUAGAUGAGGAGGAAUUGCUGGACGAUCUGGACCAGGCAGGACCCAGUCACGGUGGCGAAGGAUCUAGUCAAGCAGGCUAUGCACAAUGGCAAAUGGAACGGGAACAAAGCGAAGCGUUUAUGGCUGCUCAGGACGCUGUCGGUGGACAACAUCGAGACGCACAAGACAAACGCCCAGCCAAAUCGCCAUUGGUUCCUGCAGCCAAGAAGAUCAAAACAUUCACAGUGACGGUUCCAACUACGUCACAAUCGACCGUGAUAGCUCCAGGAAAUCCGGUUAAUUCGCAACAUAUAACCCAGAUAACCCAGUCCACACCGGUAAUUUUGAACGAUCUCAAUGACUGCCUGUUGGAGAGCAAAAAUAUUGUUGUAUCUAAAAAGGACAAUAAAUACAUAUUGUUCACAACCGCAGCUGUAUCGCCACCUCAACCCCCACCAUUACAGCCCGUACAGUCGACCACCGUGAUCGAUACCGGACGCAUCGAAGAAUUACUGAAAAAGGAUAAGAUUAUCAAGAAGACGGAAUUGCAGGGUGACGGAACUACGACUACGACAUACAUCUUCGACGAGUGCGAUAUUUUACCGUUGAAAUCUACAUCCAAAGAAAUGAUAACUCACUCAACGGCCAUGCCAGCAACGGUUGGGACGAUCAGUUUGACUCCACAACAAAUGGGAAAACCAACUACUAUUUCGAUAGUAAAAGUAGGUGCUGGCGACGUGGUAACCACAGCAGGAACAGCCGUAAUUCCAGUUGGAACUGCACUAGUUCCUACUUCUGUAUCACCCAGUAUCAGUGCGAUAGGUGGCAGCAGCACUUUAAUCAAUGCCAGUACAAUUCAUAGUAACCAAAGCCAAAUUGCUUCCACAAAGAAGCUCCUCAAACCGACACAUCCGAGAAUCAAAUAUUCUAAGCAUAAAAAUCCAUCGGUACAAUCAAUAACAACCGUACCGAUUUUGACGAUACCUACGGUCACUACCAGCCAGCCGAUCGCGGUUCCCAUUCAAGAAUCUAUCGCUGGAACCACCACGAAGAUUGAAUUGCUUAAUUUUUCCCUUUCGAGGAAGUUUCCGGGACAAGGUACUAAGACUAUUGACGUUAGCAACAUCCAGCAGAUACCGAUAUCAACGGUAUCAAAACCAAUUUCUACCAGAUACACUGUCAAUGAGUUUGAAACGUCCACCUCGAACACAUCUCAAAGCAACGACUUCACCAGUGGUAUGAUCGAUGAUUUAGAUUACUCUGUUAUCGAUGACAUUGAGCUUCCGGAUGACGUUCAGGUGAAUUUCGCAGAUGCGUAUCCUCCAAAAUCAUCGCAUAGCGAAAUAGAAGAUGACACUGGUGAAUCACAGGAUCCUGCAAAAUCGCUGACGAAUAAAAAAAAUGUUAAAUCAGAGGCAAAAAUACUCAACACUUCGAUGGACGAAAAGUAUGCCCUGUUGGCCAAUACGAGUAUUAUGAAAAACUUUGAGUAUACAGUUAACGAGUCUGUGGUAAGCGAUAACGAUGAUGGAGAGAUGCGGCAGUACAUAUGCCGGCAUUGUGGUAAACGAUACCGCUGGAAAUCGACCCUACGUAGACAUGAGAACGUAGAAUGUGGUGGUAAGGAAGCAAUGCACCAGUGUCCUUAUUGCACGUACAAAGCGAAACAACGUGGUAAUUUAGGAGUCCACAUCCGUAAACAUCAUGCAGACAUGCCACAGUUGGAAAGUCGUCGUAAGUCGAAAAAUCGUGAAUCGCUGAGCCUGAUCGAUUCAAUUAAACCUGAAUCUAUAGAAUCGGGAAGCCAAGGGCAUCUGUAAACAAAACACAUAGAGACAAGGUCGAGACUUUAAGAAUUAUAGUUCGGUUCGAUGGUUGAUUUAUAACAGAGUUCAAGGUCAAUAUUAGAUACUUGGAAUGCGAAUUUCAUUGAAGAAAAUUAAAUAAUGUUUUAAUUUUCAUGUUAUAUGCACAUCGCACGUUUCUGUUGCACUACCUCAAACUCCAUUAUCCUAGACAAUUUUUGUUUAACUACAGCUAUUCAAAAAAUCAAAAUUGUUUUCCCACUUAGACUUUUUCGGUUUUAAACAGAAUUAGGUUACCCGAGAUAAUUCAUUUUUAUUUUCCAGGAAUAAACCUCGUUUUGUAGUGUCGCUUUUUCGUGAUAUUUUCAAAUUAUCAACAUUCUAAGUAAUGUUACUAGCUCUAACUGUAACUCGUUAGGCUUCGAUUCUGAACAAUGGAUGCACAGGUAGUGCUGUAUCACCGGUAACGAGUAAUACUUGUUUUUUUUGUGUUUUUAAAUUCUGAGACAAAAAUAGGUCCCAACAUGCAGUUUUGUUUUGCAAGAUAUGCAUAAUAUAUUCAAUACAAUAGUAUUUAGUAGUAAGGCAACUAAGAAGUAGCAUUCACUGAACACAGAAAACGAGCCAGAACCAAAUAAAUUUUAUUAAGAGUUCGCUGAUAGGAAGAUGACGCUUUGCGGUGGAUGAAAUAAAGUAAUCCUUUUGUCACUCUAUUUUAUCUCUAUAAAUCUUACAAAUAUUAGUUUGAAUGAGUUUUAACUGUGAAUUUAUCUUGUAUUACUGCAAUUAUCAUACACGUACGUAUGCAAACAGGGCGUAUUGUUAGGUUAUAGAACAACAGAAUAUGUAUUUUAGAAUUACGAACAUUAAUUGCAUUUUAAGUCUUCUUUGUUUUCUUGACUUUAGUUUUCACAACAAGCUGAUAGGAUGAUCGUGAGAUCUCGAAAAUGUAUACUUCGAAUAUACUUCCUGUCAGCAGGUCCUCUAAAGAUCUGACUUGUAGUGGUUAAACUUUUUUUUCAUUCGGUAGUGCUAGAAAUUAGAAUUUUUAUAGUGGUAGGAUUUUUCAACCAGUUUAAGUUCAAUUGUCAUAAUACAUUUUGUUGAGAAAUCACAAUGAAAGGAACAUAAAAAAUUGAAAAAAUACACACAAUAAAAUGAGCAAGUGUAGAACUAAGUAAGGAUGAUUCGAUUGCAGUUUAUAAGAAUAGAAGAUGAAGGGAUCCCUUAUAAAAAUAUGAAAGUAAUGCAAAGUGCAUAUGAAAAUAUUUUGGAUUCUGAUAUAUGAAAAUGCUGUAAAAUGGAUGCCAUUUUUGUGCCCGGAAGAAACGCGAAUAAAUCGAUUUAUGCCACAUGUAAAAAUUUCAUCGGUGUUAGAGAUGACAUUUGCACAGAAUUACAAAUAAACAAGCAAAUUCUUAAAUUUAAAAGAUGAUCAGCACUAUAUAUAUAUAUAUAUAUGAUUCUAUAUAUUUAUCUGAAAAUUACAAAAUAAAUGUAUGGAAGUUUAUGAGCUAAAAAUCGUAUCUCAAA